AUUUAGUAUAUAUAUGGAACAAGAAACCUCUCCUAAAGCAUCUACUGAGGAUCAGACGCCUGAUCCUCAAGCAAGAGCUCAGAAACAGAAGUUUCUUUUGGAAAAUAUAGUGAACCCAGGCUACAAGAAGGAGUUAUUUGCUGCUUAUAUAGCAGACAAGAGGGAAAAUGGAGGAGAUAUAGACAACUGGAGUCUAGAAGAACUUAAAGAAGUCGUGUAUGAUUUCCAGAAUUCAUAUGAAGUGUCCCUUAACUCUGAUGAGAACAAUGACUCUUAUGAAAUUGAUUAUCAUGAGUCGCCAGAACUUUUUGGAGAUGGAGCAAGUCAAAAUUGAGACUCUCAGAAUGUUAAUUCUGAGUUGAGUUAUACCAAUGAUAGUAAUUCUACAAAGCAUCCUGUUGAAGAAGAUCAAAAGAUAUCAACAGAAAUAUCCAAACAUCAAGAGGGAGGCGAGCAGAGAAUGAGAGCAUCAUCAAUGUGUGAUAUUGAAGAUACCACUAGAAUAUCAGACCUAACUGCAUUUAAUAAAGUUCCUGACCAUUCUAUAACUAUUACAGACGCAGUUCAUAAUUCAGGAGGCCUUUUCUCAUUUUCUUAUGUAGAAUACUACAUUGAAACCCAGCCAUUUGGGUGGAAUGUCAAAAGGAGAGAGCAAGAUUUUCAGAGAUUGAGAAAUUAUCUCUUAAAGAAGUUUCCUCAAUUUGUAAUUCCACCACUGAUCCAGAACAAACUCUUUGAAAUGCAGUCAGACAAGGAAACUAAGAAAGUGUACUUCCAGGAAUUCCUGAGAGAAGUUAGCUCGAAUCCAGAACUCUGAGCAUGUAAAUUCUUGGAAGAGUUUUUAUCUAUCACUGAUUAUGAGGGAUUCAAAGAAGUCCGAAGAUUACGAGAAAAGGAGCCUGCUCCAAAAUCCUUGAAGGAGUAUACUAACAUUAAAGGUAUUGCAAAGUUGACUAUCAAAUGUCAGAAUAUAAAAACCCUUGACCAUUACGAUAAGUUCUUUAUUAAUAAAUAUGAACAGAUCUUGAAGGACCUGAGGACUACUUCUAACCAGAUACAUAUGAAUGCACUUAAUUUAGCAGAUUCCAUUAAGAAAUUCACACUGAACCUUGAUACUUUAAGUGAACUGUUCCAAGACUGAGGCUUUACCAGCAAAGUCCAGUUUUAUGAGGACUUAAAGUCAGUAACCAAGACAUAUGAGGAAUCGGUUAUCCAACAAGCUGAGACUUUGGUAAAGGAGCUAGACCUCUCUCUCAACUUUCAAAUUUUGCAAGCCAACUCAUUCAGAGAGUUCCAUAAACAUAAAGAAGAAGUGGACUACGAGCUGCAUAAAUUUGGUAAUGAUUUACUGUAUAAAAAGGAUCAACUAUGGAACAGCAGGGAAAAGCCAGACACUCAUAAAAAGUGGAAACUUAAUAAGAAAGAUCUUGAUAAUAUCAGUAAGUUGCUAGAGAAUGAGGCUUUGGCUAGGACUAAGAUGCUGCCUAAGGAAACACACUUCUACUGGGAUAAAAGUAACCAAUUUAAGCAUCUCCAACACAGAUCUUUAAAGGAAAUUGAAAGGUGUAAUGACGUACUUGGUAGCAAGCUCCAGAAGUUAUUUAAUAAGAUUUCAGCUGAACAACUUAAAAUUGUAAAUAAGCUGCAUGUCAGCUGGGGUGACUAUCUCGGAGAAUACAUAGACACAGAAGUCUCUUCAUACAAUAAUACACCUUGCAAGGAGGAGGCCAAAGAGGGAGAGGAUUCUGAGAAUGAAGAAUUAGAUAAUAUCAAUAAUUAAU